CUCACGCUGGUGCCCUCUCCACCCCCAUGCCCAAAUGCUCAGCCCUCCCCGGGCCGGGGCUCACCUAAUCCCCACAGUGGGAGUCGGGGGGCAUUUGCGCCUGAGCCGAGGGCUAGGGUUGCAGCGUGGUGACUUCACACUCAGCAGCAUGUGCAGCUGAGGCCUCCGUGCAGCAGGCUCCCGCGAGGUGGGCAGCGAGGUCAGCUUGGCAGCCGCUGCCUCUCCAGCCCCGAUCUGGCCGCAGGCAGCCGGUUUCCCGAGACCCAAGGAAGGGAUGGCUGAACAAGAAGCCAGUGGGCUGCAGGUCCUGCUGCGCACGCUUCAGAACUGCUCUGACAGGGAGUCCAUCCUGAACAUCCUCCAGGUUCUCGGAGAUCUGCUUUCUGUUGGCACUGACCGAAGGAUUCGCUACAUGAUCAGUAAGGGUGGCAGCGAGGCCCUUCUGCAGACCCUGGUGGACACAGCGAGGGCAGCCUCUCCAGACUAUGAUGUCCUCCUGCCCCUGUUCCGGCUGCUGGCCAAAGUUGGCCUACGAGAUAAAAAGUUUGGACAGAAGGCACUGGAGUUGGAAGCACUUGAUGUGACGUUAAUUCUGGCCAGGAAGAACCUAUCUCACAGUCAGAACCUCCUCCACUGUCUCUGGGCUCUGCGUGUGUUCUCCUCCAGUGUCACCACAGGAGCCAUGCUGGGAAUUAAUGGAGCAAUGGAACUUCUUUUCAAGGUCAUCACCCCUUACACCCAGAAGCGCACCCGAAUAAUCAGGGCCGCCACCGAAGUUCUGGCAGCAUUGCUGAAAUCCAAGUCUAACAGCCGCAGGGCUGUGAACAGAGGCUACGUCACCAGCUUGCUCAGGCUGCAUCAGGACUGGCACGGCCAUGACACAGCCAAUACCUAUGUGCUGAUCCGCCGGACGCUUCUGCUCUGCCUCAAGCACAUUGCCAACCUCCGGUCUGGCAGGGAGGCCUUCCUGGCAGCUCAGGGCAUGGAGAUCCUCUUCAGCACCACACAGAACUGCCUGGAUGACAGAAGUUUGGAACCCAUCGUCUCCGUCGUAGUUCAGAUCCUGAGACAGUGCUACCCAAAGAGCCCACUUCCCUUGGUCACAGCCACCAGUGCCUACGCCUUCCCAGUCCCUGGGAGCAUCCCUUCCGAACCUCCGUGUGUUCUAACUGAAGAGGAUUUUGAAGAUGACGCUGAUGAAGAAGUUGAUAAAGAUUCAGAUUCUGAAGAGGUGAAAGACCAAGAUGAUGAUUUGGAAACAGAUGUGAACAAGCUGAGUUCCAAACCUGGUCUUGACCGACCCGAGAAGGAACUGAUGCAGUACGAGGCGAUGUGUCUUGAGCUCUCCUGCAGCUUCGAGGAACUCAAGUCUCAAUCUGGAGAUGAUUUGAAGUUCGAAGAGACUCAGUAUGCCAAUCAUCACCACAUUCCAACUGUCGCCUCCCCAAAGUGGCAUGGUUUGAAUAAGGACCAAAGUUCUUGGAAGCAAGGAAGAGAAGAUAUGGUCCAGACUUCCCUUCUGAGCAAGGUGAAGAUGGGGAGGUCCACCAUGCAUCCAGCCUCCAGAAAAGGACCUGGGAUGAACCCAUGCCAAAACAUGCAAUCCAAUGGAUUUGGGAUAGAUUCUUCUGGAAAAGAAAUCCCUGACAUUCAAGCUUCCCUCAAACAGGAUGCUUGGGACAUAGAUGUUAUUUCCUGCCCAAUGAUUAGUGCCUCCUUUUCCAAUUCCGCUAGGCCUAGAGAAACUGAUGAAGUAAUAGAUAAGCUUCUGCAGACACAUCCCAAGCCUGUCCCCUUCCAUGACCCCUGUCUCUAUAUGGCCAAAGCAAGAAGAACCAGAUCUGUGGCCGACUUCAAGACGAUGGCAUUUCCUGACCUCUGGGGACAUCGUCCACCACCCUCUGCCCAGUCGAUGUUGGAACGCAAAUGUGGAGUCCAAAGGAUCAAGAUAUUUGAGGAUGUCCGGAGGCUCAUCCAGCCAACUGAUAUUAUAAAUAAAGUCGUCUUCAGUUUAGAUGAACCUUGGCCUUUGCAAGACACUGCUUCCGAUUGCUUGCGGUUCUACUCCAAGUUUGAGUCAGGAAAUCUCCGCAAAGCCAUCCAAGUGCGUGAGCUGGAAUAUGACUUGCUGGUCAACGCUGAUGUGAAUAGCAGCCAACAUCAACAGUGGUUCUACUUCAAGGUGAGCGGCAUGAGAGCUGCUGUUCCGUACCGCUUCAACGUCAUCAACUGUGAGAAGCCCAACAGCCAGUUUAAUUACGGAAUGCAGCCAACUCUGUAUUCUGUGAAGGAGGCUCUUCUUGGCAGACCCACCUGGAUACGGAUGGGCUAUGAAAUCUGCUAUUACAAAAAUCAUUAUCGCCAGAGCACUGCUGUCACAGGGGGAGCAUCUCAGAAGCAUUUUUAUACCCUCACCUUUGUGGUCAACUUCCCCCACAAUGAGGACGCCUGCUACCUGGCCUACCACUAUCCCUACACCUAUACUGCCCUCAUGACUCACCUUGACAUCCUGGAAAAAAGUGUGAACCCCAAGCAAGUAUACUUCCGCCAGGAUGUUCUCUGCCAGACUCUGGGAGGGAAUUCAUGUCCAUUGGUGACCAUCACAGCCAUGCCCGAGUCUGAUAGUGCUGACCACCUGGAACAGUUCCGGCAGCGUCCAUGCCAGGUGAUCACGGCCCGAGUGCACCCAGGAGAAAGCAAUGCCAGCUGGGUGAUGAAGGGGGCCUUGGAGUUCCUGGUCAGCAGUGACCCUGUGGCUACACUCCUGAGGGAAAACUUCAUUUUCAAGGUCAUCCCCAUGCUCAAUCCCGAUGGUGUCAUCAAUGGCAAUCACAGAUGCUCACUGAAAGGGGAGGAUUUGAACAGACAAUGGCUCUCUCCCAGUGCCCAUCUCCAGCCAACAAUCUACCAUGCCAAAGGACUCCUGUACUACCUGAGCAGUAUUGGCCGAAGUCCCAGGGUCUUCUGUGAUUUUCAUGGCCACUCUCAAAAGAAGAAUGUAUUCCUUUAUGGUUGUAGCAUCAAGGAGACCUUGUGGCAAGCAGAGUCUGCUAUGGGCACAUCUACUGUCUUGGAAGAUGUCGGCUACAGGACUCUUCCCAAAAUCCUUGAUAAGCUAGCUCCAGCAUUCACGAUGAGCAGCUGCAGUUUCCUCGUGGAGAAAUCCCGAGCCUCCACAGCCCGGGUGGUGGUGUGGAGAGAGAUGGGGGUGUCCAGAAGCUACACAAUGGAAAGCAGCUACUGCGGCUGCAACCAGGGGCCCUAUCAGGGUCUACAGUUUGGAACCAGUGAACUGGAGGAGAUGGGAGCCAUGUUCUGUUUGGGUCUCCUCAUCUUGGAACUCAAAUCUGUAAGCUGUAGUCAUCAGCUCCUGACCUGUGCAGCAACUCUCCUGAAUGCUGAGGAAGAGGCUCUGGACCACCACCUCCAGCGAUGCAGCAGCAGCAGGAGCAGCGUCACUUCAGAACUGGAUGAUGAGCCCCCCUGCAUGGAGGAGAUUGAUUACAGUACAGACAACAGCUCAGACCAGGAAGGAAGCUUCUCUGAGCUGGACCGGCAGAUCCAGGAGUGUGCUUUCAACAAGGAUGAGGGAGGGGAAGAGGAGGAGGGGUCAGGACAGGGAAGAAAAGCCAUCCCAUAGCUCCAGGGUUGUAGUGAGUUCCAAGUGCCUAAUCAUUGGACUAACGGCUAAGUAGUUUCUUCACCAUCAGAAACUACAGUGUUGGUGCAAAAAACCAGCCCACGUGAGCUCAGCAACCUAUUUCCAGAUUUUGUUCUAGUGUCACUAUGCAUAGAGACUGGCUACUUCAUAAUUAUACCAUUUUACAGACAUAGUUAGGUGGCCUUUGGAGCCCUUGCAUGCUGCCAUUAUGCUAGAAUGGGCUGCUUUCAGGAUUACCAUGGAUCCUCUCAACACUAUUCUGCGCUCCUCUCCAUUCCUAUGCUUGAAGUCGGAGCAGACUGGAAGGAGGAGUUGAGGCUACUUUUUGGCUUCUCAGCCAGAUUUCUAUGUGGUUGUUUAAGUUGUUCUAAAUAUGAGUAUUACCUCCUAUUGUUGUCCUCCUACUAUAGCAUCUGAGCUCCUCAGCACAAAUUGUGAGCCCUACUGAGACUUCUGAGAGUCCUAGCAGCAUAUUUAGUUUCUGAAUUAUUGAACACGAAAGGCUGCACAAUCAAAAAUUUGCAAGCAUCAUACUUGGUCUGUUUUAACAGUAUAUAUUUUACAGAUCCAGUAUAAACCAGGACCCGUCCUAGGUUCUAAGGGAGAAGGCACAAUACUGAAUAAGACAUGGCCAAUGGUUUCUACAAACUUGAAAAUCCUAUGAAUUCAGGUCACUAACCAUAAUGCUGGGAGGCAGCAAGCCAUACUGGAAAAAUCAUUCACUUCAGGCUCAGACAGAUGUGGCUCAUAUCUUGAAUCUGGCAGCCACUUGUUAUGAGAACUAAGGCAACUAAUUAAAUUUCCCCAAACCUCAGUUUUCUUAUACAUACAAUUGAGAUGAACAUGUCUAUAUCAUAUCUUUAUCAUAAAGUUAUCAUAAAGAUGAAACAAGAUAAUAUAUAAUAAUAUAAAGGAUUGGCACAUGGUAGACGCUCAACAAUGUUGGCCUCUUUUCCUCCAUAGUACAAGUAGAACAUUCUGUAUGAGCACUUUCACAGUUACACAAAACAUUACCUAAAGUCACAUGGUUGGAAAGUACUCCCUCUUCCUGGAGGGGAUUGGGAAGGAGGUUACAUAGGAGCAGAGUGUAGGAGGUUGGAAUGUCAUAGAAUAAGUGAAAUGGAGCAAGAGCCUUCAGCAUGCAGAGGCAAAUAGAUUAGAGAUUUAGACGACGUCAUAUACAGGGCCCAUGCAGAAAGGAUGAGAAGGGGCAUGGAAGACAGGUACUGAAUGACAGAUAAGAUGGAGAGGAUAUGGUAGAUCAAACUUACAUUUGUCCAGAUGCCAUAUAUAUAUUUAGUUAUGGUUAGGUUUGGCUCUGAGAGAUGGAAAAUCCAAAAUUGCAGUAGUUUUUGUGAAACAGAAGUCUAUUUCUCUUUUGUGUGGUUUCCAUAUAGAGGUAAGCCAGAGCUGGUGUCAUAGGUACAUGGUGUCCAGCACUCAACUUGUAUGGGCUUCCAGGUCUGCUGUGUGUUGGUUGGUUUUACUCUUAAUCUAAGAUGGCUGCUAAAGCGUCAGCCUUUGUAUCUACAUGUCAGCCGGCAAUAAGAAAGAUAGAAAAAGAAGAACACAGUCUCUGUCUUUCAAAAGCCAUGCAUUAUGCUUCUCCUUAAUCCCACCAUCUAGAAAGAGGUCCUAUGACCGCAGGUAGCUGCAAGAGAGGUUGGAAAAUAUAGUCUUUAUUUGAGGUGGGCCUAGGGAAAAGGAAAUAAUACAAACUGGAGAUCAAAUACUGCCAAAUACUUUCCUUGAUAAACCAAUCACCACCAAGAGAUUUGGGAAACAAUCAUCUCAGAAAAAACUCAUAGCAACCCUCUAGACCAGCAGAAAACCACACAGUAAAACUUUGCCAUAAUGUAGCCCCAAGGCAUAGGAGAAAGUCAUGUGUGCUAUGAUUUAAGGAGCUGAUGUUAUUAUUAUUAGUAGUAGUAUUAUUAUUACCACUACUAUUAUUAUUUAUAGUCUCUUCUUUUUCCAACUCCUUUCCAAAUUUCUUUGCUAUAGUUCAGAAAUCCUAUAUCCAUUCUUUGCACUAAGACACUCAGAUGUCUAUAACAUAUAUAAGAGGUUUAAGGGAAAUAACAAAGACAUUGAAUUCAAAUCCCAGAUAACAGCAGUCCUGAACUUCUCUCAUAAACCUUUCCACUCUUAAAUAGAAGAUAACAUAAAGUUUCUGUUCUUUCCUUGCUUUGAGGAGUCAAGAAGAUAGUUUUGCUGAAAAUGUAACUGUCAGGAAGGACAGAAAUAAUACUAACUCAUCAUCACCACUUUGUUCCCCAGCUCAAAUUGGUUUAUGGGAUGAGCUUCUCAUUACCUGAUAGGUUUCUGAGAAGAAAGUGAUCAGGACAUUGUAAAUUUCUAUGUAGCAUGUUCGGGGAAAGCCAGGGACAUGGAACAUGUGGUUUGUCUAUGUAACAAACAUAUAUUGAACACCUAUUAUGUGUCCUGUACUUUACUAAGCUCUAAGGAUGCAGAGAAAAGGACCCACUCUGCUUGCAAGUUGUUUGCAGUUCAGUGGGAAAGAUGAGCAAUACACACUUUAAUACAGUGGCACAUGCCUUUGUGAAGCUUGUGUUGGUAGACAGUGUUGGAAUCACCAAAUCUAAUGGAGCAGCAGUGGUGGGAAACAUUACCAAGAUGUGAUAAUUGAAGUGAUUCUUGAAGGAUGUACAAGGGUUUUCAGGUAAAAAGGAGAAGAAGCAUGCUAAGAAGUAGAAAGAGAUUGUGCAAAAGCCCUGUGUUGGGGUUACAGCUUGAAAUAAAAUGGUGAAUGUG